CUUUAGGAAACCAUCUUUCCGUUUUACUUUUGCCAGAGCCAAGAAGUACCUUCGGCUCACUUUUUCGUUUUGGUCCUCUCAUAUCAGCAAUCCUUUCAUUUCUCAAUCAUUGCAAUUUAGAACCCUAAAGACUAUCCAUUAAAGUGCUCAUGCUCUCCCUAAUCAUGUUUUCAACCUCGUUUUAUCUCAAUUAGCUUGUUAGUCUUGCCGUCUUGGUCGGGCCUGCUUCUGUUGAGUCGAAGCUGUGGAGUUCAUCAAUGACAUAGCAGUUCGACGCUAAGUUCCAGGCUUCCAGCUCGGAAGAAGGCACGAAGUUCCGACUGUCACUGGGUGUUAUAGAUAGCCUAAUUGAUUGUUAUCUUGGGGGUAGGUUUGCAGCGUGAGAUGGAUGCAGUAUCUAAGGUGGAUGCUGUUGCGGUUGUGCCUGAGCAUUUCCCGGCUGGGCUUAGGGUGCUGGUAGUUGACGACGACGUUGUUUGGCUUAAAAUAAUCGAGAAGAUGCUUCGCCAGUGCAAUUACUAUGUGACCAUUUGUUCUCGAGCUACUGCUGCAUUAGACUUAUUACGGGAAAGAAGAGGCUGUUUCGAUGUUGUGUUAAGUGAUGUCCAUAUGCCUGAUAUGGAUGGCUUCAAACUUCUUGAGCUUGUUGGGCUGGAAAUGGACCUUCCCGUAAUAAUGAUGUCGGCAGAUGGAAGAACAAACCUUGUUAUGAGAGGAAUUCAACAUGGGGCUUGUGAUUAUCUUAUUAAGCCUAUACGUCAUGAGGAGUUGAAGAAUAUCUGGCAGCAUGUUGUCAGGAAGAAGUGUAGUCUAAAUAAAGAAAAUGACAAUUCUAGCAGUUUUGAAGAUAAUGAUCGGCCAAAACAGGGAUGUGAUGAUGCUGAAAAUGAUUCAUCCAUCAUUGAAGGAGCAGAUGGAGUAUUGAAAACGACAAAAAAGAAAAGAGAAUCUAAAGAAGAAGAAGAUGACGCGGAUACAGAAAAUGAUGAUACAGCUGCUGGAAAAAAGCCACGUGUGGUUUGGUCAGUGGAACUUCAUCAACAGUUCGUUAGUGCUGUUAACCAACUUGGAAUUGAUAAAGCUGUACCUAAGAGAAUCCUAGAGUUAAUGAACAUCCCUGGUUUAACAAGAGAAAAUGUUGCCAGCCAUUUGCAGAAAUUUAGGCUUUAUUUGAAGAGGCUGAGUGGAUUUGCUCAACAAGGUGGACUUACCAAUUCCUUUUGUGGACCAAUUGAACAGAUCCCAAAGUUGGGGUCUCUUGGGUGUUAUGACAUACAAGCACUAGCAGCCUCCUGCCAUAUAUCUCCACAAACUUUGGCAGCUCUUAAUGCCGAGCUUCUAGGGAGACCAACCAGUGGCCUUGGUUCGCAAACAAUUGACCAUCCAGCUCUACUUCACACAUCUCUGCAGGGGACCAAAUACACUCUUGAUGAUCAAGAUCUGGGUUAUGGUCAGCCUCUGAUCAAGUGCCCACCAAAGAUAUCCAAACAGUUCACUCAACAGUUGCCAACUGAUCAUAAUGUUCCUUCUGCUGUUAAAGCUUGGUCUACAAAAAACAUCUGUGUGGUUCCUAGUGUUAAUCUUAGUGCUCAAAACCGUAACAAUAAUAUAUCAACAACAGUGAUACCACAUCAUCAACAGCAGAAGUUAUCUAGUAGUCUGGAAUCCCAGCGCCUGAUAAGUGUGCAGCCCUCUUGCCUAAUGGUUCCUGCCACCAAUUUUCAAGGCGCAAGUAAUCUGCCUUCAGUCAACCAGAACAAUUUUUUUAGCAAAAACAAUGUCGUUCUUGAUUCUAGAAUUCUUUCUCAACCAGGUUCUCUCUCUCUAUCUGUCACAUCAUGCUCAGCAAAUGCUGACAAUAGCAUUAGUUGGCAAGCUCAGAACUCAGCUUGCAUGAUUGGUGGUGCUGAUAGACACCUGGCAGGCAUCGUGCCUAACCUUGGCAUUCCUGUUGCAGACAAUCAGGGACCUAUUAGCAAUGUUGUGUGUGCCAGCAGAGGAUCAUCGAUUCCUAGUCGAUUUGCUGUUGAUGAAUCUGAAUGGCCAAUAAGCAACAUACAUCAUUCUGGAAUGUAUAAUGAAAGCAAUACAUUCAUGGUGAAGCAGGAGUCAGAUAUGAAAUUUGUUGACACUGCUAAAGUUGGUGUCCAAGUGCCGCAAAAAAUUUCUAGAAAAGACUUCAUGAGUGUUCUCCACUGAUUUAGGCUUAUUUGUAGCAUCUGCUGGAUGAUGUAGGGUGUCGCCUUUAAAUGAUGCGCAAUGGAAUGAUGAGCUAAGCAGUGGGUAACCGUUGAUUUCCUUGCAAAACAGAGGUAAAUAGAUUUGCCCUUUGGGUGUUUAGAUAAGAAAGACCAAUGACAUAUAGCUCCGUGGAGUGCAGGUGUUCGGACAGGUUUUACGAAUGCUAUAGCAACCCUUUGCAUUAUUAGGUGAUGUUUAGGGACUAUGAGUAAGGAUUGUUAUGUAUAUAAGAAUAUUCUCUUUAACUGGACACUCCCUUUGUAAUUAUGUGAGUAAUUAUUAUUUGAUCUCAUUCACUUGCUCGUGAGUGUGACAACCACUUCACCGAAGCUAGCCUUUGUCAUUGUGUAUGUAAGUUUUUCCACUUCCAUUCCUUCUAUUUUUGUGUCAAUGAUAUGUUGGGUACCUGACUUUGAAAUUAUG